CGAUUUGCCGCAAACACAAAAAGUGGCGCACUAUCCCUUCCCGAAAUGCACUGAAUUCCCCAUCGCGCCAUCUUCAGAAGCGGUCGAACAGUGGACGUUGAAUGAAAACCAGUGCCUUUUGAACGAGACGACUUCUGCAUGGAAUGAAAUAAUUGCAUUUUCAGGUGGUUGGUUCAGCAGCUUCGGUCAUCAUGGGGAUCAAGGUUCAACGUUCUCGGUGCUUCCUUGACAUCGGAAUAGGAAAUACACAGGUCGGCCGAAUUGUUGUGGAAUUGUUUACAGACGUCUGUCCCAAAACAUGUGAAAACUUCCGAUGCCUGUGCACAGGUGAGAAAGGGCUCGGUAAAGGCACCCAAAAACCUCUUCAUUACAAAGGCUGUCUGUUCCAUCGCAUUGUGAAAGACUUCAUGAUUCAAGGAGGGGACUUCAGCGAAGGCAAUGGAAGAGGAGGCGAAUCCAUCUAUGGAGGCUUUUUUGAAGAUGAAAGCUUUGCUGUGAAACAUAACAAGGAGUUCUUGCUGUCUAUGGCCAAUAGAGGGAAGGAUACAAAUGGAUCACAGUUUUUCAUAACAACAAAACCAACUCCUCACUUGGAUGGGGUCCAUGUGGUUUUUGGUCAUGUGAUUUCUGGUCAAGAGGUCGUACAAACUAUGGAGAGUGAAAAAACAGAUCCUAACAGCAGACCCUAUGCUGAAAUUAAAGUCUUGAACUGUGGGGAACUCGUACCCAAAUCAAAAGCAAAAAAACGUGAAAAGAAGAAAGAGCGUGCAUCGUCAAGUUCCAGCAGUAGUUCCAGUGACUCGGACAGCUCUUCGGAAUCCUCCUCCGACUCUGAAGAAUCCGAUAAAGAGGCAAAGAAGCAGAAAAAAAGAGCUAAAAAGCAAAAGAAGAAACAGAAAGACAAAAAGACGGCCGAGCCUGAAAUUGUCGAGGAGAAAGAACAGGAAGAGGUGGUCACAUCCACGGUGCGUCCUGAAGAAAUACCUCCCAUCCCUGAAAAUCGCUUCCUGAUGAGACUCUCACCGGUAGAAAAAAAACAAGAGGAGCCUGAGAAGGAGAAAGAAACAAAAGACGAACGGCCUCGAGACAGAUCUGCCGCAAAGCACAAUUCUCAGUCGGCAACGUAUAACAGAAGAUUGGUGAUGACUCGUUCCGGCAGGAAGAUAAAAGGCAGAGGCCCCAGGAGAUACAGAACGCCUUCACGUUCUCGAUCAAGAUCCAGAGAUCGCUAUCGCCGUAGCGAAACUCCACCCCAUUGGCGUCUGGAGUUACAGCGUCAGAGGAUGAGGGCGGUCACAGGGGAGCGUUGGAUUAAGGGAGACAAAGGUGACAUGAGUGAGGACAAAGACGAGGCUGCCAACGUUCAGAGGGGCGACCGACAGACCUCCGGUUCAAAACACGAGCAAGCGGAUGAGGGUAAAAAAGACAGGAAGGCUCGAUCUCAGAGGUCCAAAAGUAAAGACGACACAGGGGAGAAGCAAAGUAAGCAGAAGGAAAAGAAAAGGGCCAAAUCUAAAAGUCGUAGUAAAAGUAGAGAAAAGAGUAGAAGGUCCAAAAGCAGAGAUAAAAGAAGACGGUCCAAAAGUAAAGAGAAGAGUCACAAGCAUAAAAGCAGUGAGAAGAAAGAUCGCUCCAGGAGCAAAGACCAAAAUAUGAACAAGAAAGAAAAAGAGAAGAAAGCUGACCACGGCAAAGAGAAAAACAAAGAGCGAGAGUCUAACAACAAGAAGAAUGAGGAUGCCAAAACAAGCAAUGGCGAGAGAACACAGACAAGGUCACAAAGCAAAGAUAGAAGUUCCAGGGAACGACACAGAUCAAACAGUAGAAACUGUGAGAAGAGCGGACGCGGGGCCUCAAAGGACAAAGAGGGAAAACGGGACAAAGACCGAGAGAGAGGCAGGGAACGCAGCAGGAGUGCGCACAGGCGACACGGCGACGAAAAGGACGAAAAAAGGCGGAGGACGCGUAGUCGCGAGCGCAGGAGCAGUCCAGAUAGAAGCAAGGCCAGAGAUUCUUACAGGAGCAGGCGCUCAAGAAGCAAGAGCAGCCGGAGAGGACGCAGCAAAGAUCGCAAGGACGACCAAAGGCGGCGGCGACGCAGCAGCAGUAGUAGUAGCAGCAGUUCUGACAGUGAUAAAGACAGGCGCAAGCGUCGCAAGAGCCCCGAUUCUAAACGGAGAAGGUCCAGGAGCACCUCCAAAGACAAGAAAAGAGUGGACACCACAAAAGGCAAAGGCGACAAGAGAAAUCGCUCAAGCUCCAGUUCUGACAGCGACUAAGCUCGCUUUAAAACUUUUUUUUGUUUUUGUUUUUCCCCCUCCUUUUUUGUCUGCUCAGUUCAUAUUCAGCACUUGGCUCCAACUUUUAACCAAAAGCCCGCAUCUUCAUAUUAUUCACUCAGCGCAACCGCCCAUUUGUCCACAAUGCCACCUAUUAAUUCCCUCACAGGAAUGAGAGGCUGCACCAGGCAAGUGUAAUGCCCUACGAAAGACCUCUCAAGCGGAACUAAGAAAUUACAACAGUGGACCACUGCGAUUUGUGAGCCAAGGACUUGGUUUUAGUGUUAACAUAGAGGCCAGAUUGUGUGUGGCCAGCUGUUGGCGUGCUGAAGCUCAGGACUUGAAACCAGCACCCACAUCCGUCAAAAUAUGUGACUAUAAUAUCAUCUGGUUCAGCUGAUUAAAGAUUUUAAUGUAA